ACGUUUGCUUUAGUAAAAAGUCACGGUUAGCCGGAAGAGAGCAAAGAUGUUGCGCGAAUUAUUAAUAGCCACAGUGAUAGUGAUUUUAGGCGUUCUGGCCGUCUCAGAGAUUCCGACAUCUAAGAAGAAUGAUUCAUUUCCAACAGUAGUGCAAGAGUACAAUGAUAUCGAAUCCGAUGAAAUCAGUUGGGGUUAUCGAUUGAGCAAUGGCCAAGAAGUGAAACAAACCAUAUUAACUACAAUACUGGAUGACGGUCGGGAGGCGUUGGAGAUAGAAGGAUCCUACAAAUACGUUGGACCCGAUGGAGUUGAGUACGGCGUCGAAUACACGGCUGACGAGAACGGAUAUCAUCCAACAAUAAUUACUCCGCCUCUCGUCACCGCAACACACAUGUCCCAUAUCAAUGGUCAUCCUACAACUGGAUUUCCCACAGUGUAUCCAACACCCGUUCCCACCUACACUUUUCUCCCCGAAACGACUACAACGACAGGAAUAUCUGAAAAUUGCUUACUAUCACUAUGUGGGAAGUAAUUUUCAUUUCGCACAAUAUGUUGAUGUAAUAGAUUUGUGAUGCUCAGCGUUGUGAAGAUCCUUAAAACUGUUUGAUGAUGAUGAAAUAAAGCAAUAUUAAUGGUAGA